GUGUAAAGAAUCACGGGAAAACAAACGUUAUCGGUCACCAGGGUCACGCAAAUUGGCCGAUAUCAUUGGUGUAGACACAGGUGGACCAGGAAGUCGACGUCUUGGCGAAUGUGGUCAUACGCCUGAAGAAUAUACAAAAUUUAAGGAUCUCGUAGAACGAAUGUUGACUUUUGAUCCACGGGAGCGUAUUGGGCCAUACGCUGCAGUUAGGCAUCCUUUUUUCUCACGUAGAACUGAUGAAUGUGGAAGCAUGGGUUCUGCUCUUGCUUCACACUCCAGAACUUUGCAGCAGCCAGUUACAAUGUCCAACAAUGUUCAGGUCAAUACAUCACGAACAGUUGCACAACCUCAUUUUGUUGAACACUCGCUCAAUCAGAUGGAUUGUGCUGACUCUAACGCAGUCAUAGUUCAUCCACAACAUAUACAAAUGCCACAACUUAACCAGGACCAUAAUCAUAAAAUUGCUCAACCUUUCGGUUUGUUACCUCAACAAAUGCAACAGGGACCGAAUCAAAAUCAGCAACAGCAUCAGUCAAGCAACUCGAAUAUGUCUGGUACGCAGCAUCACUUGCAAGGUCCACUGCAUUUUGUAUCGGGCUUGCAGAACUCAAUUUGGACUUCCCCUGAACAGGGUGAAGAUACGCGAUAUGGCCACCAUUCUCAGCCAUCGUCAAAUCUUCAGCUUUCCCAAAGGAAUUCACUUUUGCCACAAAGUCGCAACUUGAGCUUUGACGGAACAGUAGGUAAUGGCCAGGUAUCACAUCAGAGUCGUAUGCAGUCUUCAACGAACGGUGCUAGAACAAAUCCGACAUCUGUUCUGUUUCCAAAUAAUUUCAUACAGCAAUCCCAGCAACAGACAGCAGCGCAAUCUGGUUUAGCAAAUUCAACAACUUCUGAUUUUUCAUAA